AUGGGCAGGAAAAAGUCGCGGACGCCGCUUCUUUCUGAAGAUCUGGAGACCACGGCGUCGGAACGACUGCUCCCUGAACGAAGCUCAGACGUCGAAGCUCAUCGCCUGGAGCGGCACGAGAGUAUCUCAAUACGUCGCCAACGCAACAAGUCACGCAAGAUCUGGUGUGCCAUUAUUGCCUUAGUCUCGGGCAUUCUUGUGUUCAUUGCGGUUCUCGCCAUUCUGCGCGCUGUCGAGGACGCGAGCCACCUCGUGCCGACCAAGCGACUCGUGUUUCCGACCCAAUAUGAAGCCAGUGUAACGUUCAAGAUGCCGUAUAUGGACAUGGUCGAGCCCUUGUACGUCCACGUGGACGAGGCGAAAGGGCUGCAGAAGCUGAGCUACUAUGGCGGCACGGACGUGUACAUUUACAACACGAGUGGACACAGCUACCAGAUCUUCCCAGUCAUUCGCCAACGCACGUGCUUCAAGUCUGGACCCGAGUCACUCCAGCACAUUUUCCCCAACAUGGACCGCUUUGAGCCCCAGCACGGCGUUUUACUCGUUGAAGGGCGGCCGUGCCUUAGCUGGAAGUUUACGACAAAGCUGCAUGAACCGACAUCGGAUGGGUUGCUGGGAGAGUAUACGCUAUAUGUCGACCAAAAGACUGAGCGACCUGUGCGAUUCCAUUACGUUGGGCGCAACGGUAUGCUGGGUGGCAGCCAUAUUGACGAGUACAGCUUGGACUAUGUCUACGUUCGCGAAGGACCGGUGGAUGAGGACGUAUUUGCGUCGCUACCGGCAUCAAUGAAUUGCACGGAGAUGCCAGGGGACGAUGGAAGUCUUGCCCGUAACCCGAAGCAAGAUAUCUCUAUGCUUAUGCCGGAAGGCACGUCCACGAAGAAAGAGGUUUUUGACAACUACUCGGCGAUGCAUGGCAAGACAUACAACAACACGGCUGAGGCUGUUCAGCGCUUAGCGACAUUCCAUCACAACCUGCGCUUCAUCAAUGCAGAGAACCGCAAGGGGCUGCCGUACCAUUUACGCGUAAACCAUUUUGCGGACCUCACACACGAAGAGCGACAGAAACUCCACCGACCGUCGCGCGUCAAGCGUGCAAAGAACAACGGAGCUUUGAGUAUGCACAAAAUCUUGAGCCUCGAAGAUCCGGGAGACAUUGACUGGCGAGAGAAGGGAGCUGUCACACCCGUGAAGGACCAAGGCGCCUGUGGAUCUUGCUGGACGUUUGGAACGACCGGGGCAUUGGAGGGGGCGUUGUUCGCUCAGCAGAAGAAGCUGUUUAAUAUGUCGCAGCAGAACUUGCUGGACUGUUCGUGGGACUUUGGCAACCACGCGUGCGACGGAGGGCUGGAUUACCAGGCGUACGAAUGGAUCAUGGCAAACGGCGGGCUUGAAACUACUGCGACAUAUGGAUCAUAUCGCAACGCGCCCGACUACUGUCACUUCAACGCAAGUAACGCUAUCGGGCGGAUGAAAGGCUUCGUGAACGUAACGAGUGUGGAAGCGCUGAAUGACGCACUAGCUACUAUCGGCCCGCUAUCCGUGUCGAUUGACGCAGCACUGCCGUCCUUUUACUUCUACGGCGGCGGAUUUUACGACAACGUGGAGUGCAGGAGCGACUUGGACAGCCUCGACCACUCGGUGCUUGCUGUGGGUGUGACCACGCACAAUGGACAGAAGUACACGUUGAUCAAGAACUCGUGGAGCAGACACUGGGGCGAAGACGGCUACAUCAAGAUUACGCAAAAGGACGAUCUCUGUGGUGUUGCUGCGGCCGCUACGUAUCCCGUGCUUGCCGACUAA